AUGGAUAAUUCCAAGAACCCAUACACUCUCUCCGAGAAGGAGAAGCUUCUGGAGGAGGGUGCCCAGUCAAUGUCCCCAAAGUCACCUCCAUGCAAAGGAAAAUGCCGUCGCGUCAUAGUUCUUAUGAUAUUCCUCGUUGGAGCCAUAGUUCUUUUGUUUCUGAAGCACGGGUAUGAGCUCUCAUCUGCGACUAUUGAGCCCAUUAGCAGUAAGCCUGACCAGCCAUCGGUUGUGUCGUCCAGGUCGAACAAGCAAGUGGUGCACCGUCCCCAUAACUGCAACAGCGUUGGUGCAGGCUAUCAAUGUUUCUCAGAGCUCACCCACAAAUGGGGACCAUACUCGCCAUACUUCUCCCUGUCGGCAGAAAGCAGUAUCUCUGAUCUGGUUCCACAGCAGUGCGAUGUUACCUUCGUGCAGGUACUGUCCCGCCACGGAGCCCGGUAUCCCACCGCAUCCAAGAGCACCAAGUAUAAGGCGCUUAUUGAGGCAAUUCAAGCCAAUGCUACCGCUUACGAGGAUGGUACUGAUUUCCUGCGCACAUACAACUACACCCUUGGUAGUGAUGACUUGACUACCUUUGGUGAGCAUGAGAUGGUGAACUCCGGUAUCAAGUUCUACAACCGAUAUGAAAACUUGACCCGCAACAACAUCCCCUUCAUGCGUGCCUCGGGUUCUUCGCGUGUUGUGCAAUCCGGUCAGCUCUUCAUCCAGGGAUUCCAACAAAGCAAGAAGCAUGACACCGCUGCCUCGCACUCUCAAGCCAGCCCCAAGAUCAACGUCGUCAUCUCCGAGGACACAGGCUCAAACAAUACUCUCAACCACAAUACCUGUCCUGUCUUCGAAGCCAGUACCAUCGGCGACGAUGCUACAGAUAACUUCACCGCCAUCUUUGCUCCAUCCAUCCAGACUCGUCUCCAGGAACAAAUCCCAGGAGUGACUCUGUCAUUGGAUGACGUAACCUACCUCAUGGAUCUCUGUGCAUUCAACACAAUCUCAGACACAUCAGACGGCUCCACAGUCUCAGACUUCUGUCACCUAUUCACAGAUGCCGAAUGGUCCCAAUACAACUACCUGCAAUCUCUGAGUAAAUACUAUGGCUACGGUGCCGGAAACCCAUUGGGUCCUACCCAAGGUGUUGGAUUCGUGAACGAGCUCAUCGCCCGUCUUACUCACACCCCAGUUCACGACCACACAUCCAGUAACCAUACCCUGGAUAAUGGACCGGAUGCAUGGAACACCACAUUCCCUGUGAACCGAGCCCUGUAUGCGGAUUUCACACACGACAAUGGUCUCAUCCCCAUCUUUUUUGCCCUGGGCUUGUAUAACAACACUGCUACUUUGCCCACAACCCAUAUCCAGUCUGUUGGUGCCGCGGAUGGAUUCUCCGCUUCUUGGACUGUGCCAUUUGGUGCGAGAGCCUAUAUUGAGAUGAUGGAGUGUGCAUCUGAGCCAGAACCUUUGGUUCGGGUUUUGGUCAAUGAUCGCGUUGUUCCAUUGCAAGGCUGCCAUGCUGAUAAGCUGGGCCGGUGUACCAAGGGUGAUUUCCUCAAUGCGUUGAGCUUUGCGAAGGAGGGAGGUCAUUGGUCCAGCUGUUAUGAGUAG